CACACUUAUAGGAAGGAAUUAUUUUUCGGAGUUGCCCUUAAAAGAUGUAAAAACAUAUUUCACCAGACCCCCACAAGACUGGUGAUUAAACAGGGGCAAAGGGAGAUCACUCCUACUUCAGCUUGAACAAAAUCAAUACAAAGGUAAAGUCGAUCCUUGGUCUUGCAAUCUUUUUGUUUAAGUCUGUCCAGUUACAAAAUGCCAAAGAGAACAUCUGAAACUAUACUCCUCACUUGUGAACCAUCCAAACGGAUUCGAUCACUUACCUUCAAGGCAGUGCGGGGCAACUCAGAUACUGAUCGUGACCCCGAAGAUUCGCCAACCACUCACACACAAUCACAACCUGUUCCUUCAAGUAUAGGACAUUCCGAGAAUUCUACACAUCAUAUUGCUGAAGUUCACACCCUUCAGCACGAUACCAUUCCGGAUAACAUUCAUGAUAAUAACAGUGACAUUAAUCAAACGAUUGCACAGGCCAACCUCCAGUCUAUUCCAGUGAUAACUCAGGCAGAUUCGUUACAAGCAUCAGCGGUAUACGGUCACCCGGCUGAAAAUAAUUCAGAAUUGGCAACACAACACUUUUCAGGAAAUGGCGAUCGGUUGGCCGUAGAAUUAAUUGUACCACCAAUUAAAGCUGAUCAGCACCAAGCUACUGCAUUGACCGAUACUACACUUUUGCCACCAUAUGUGAUCAGUUCAGUUGUACAAUCUGAUGGCUCCACCAGUGUUAACCCAAUGGAAACAGGGUCGUCCGAUCGACCACCAUGUGACAACAGAGACAUAGAGUUAAAAAUAGUUUUAUCCGGGAAAACUGGAGUGGGUAAAAGUUUUCUAGGAAACAGUUUGUUGAGGAAACAGUUGUUCGAAACCCGUUUAAGUCUUGUUUCGAUUACAUCUAAUUGUUCGUCCGGCACACGUACACUAAACGACGGCACAAUAAUCAGAGUAUUUGAUACGCCAGGAUUUUUUGACACACGGUAUAAAACAGCUGAAUUAGUAAAACACCUGUUUUCUCUAUCGUAUUUGACUGCCCCGGGACCUCAUGUUUUCCUCUAUGUGUUGCGAGCUGAUGAGAAACUGACAGAUGAAAACAAAGAUUCCAUUUACUUUUUUCGAGAUAUAUUUGGAGCCGAUGUAAAUAAAUAUGUGAUUUUUGUCUUGAAUAGAAAACCAAAGGAGAUGGACGCUAACACACUUAUUGAAGAGUGCGAUUUUUUAAAUAUCCUUUUUAAGGAAUGUCAUAAUAGGUAUGCGACCAUAAACUUUGCUGACAGUGAUACUGGAGUUGAGAAGUGUGUUGACAAUCUUCUACAAAUGAUCCUUAACACCGUUAGAGACAACGAUCGAAAACACUAUUCAAGUAAUCUUUUCGUAGAAGCGGAACGCUCGUACAAUACACAACAAGAAUUAAACGAAACACAGAAAGAUAUGAAAAUCCAGCUGGCAGUUCAAGCACAAGAGAUAACCGAACUGAAACAACAUCAGCUAUUCCUACAAAAGAAGUGUGACACAGGUAACACAAUCCCCCUUUUUAGCACAUUAUCCGAACUAUCAGUUCUAGAGAAAGACGAUGUCGCCUCUGUUUGUACAGCACACAAUGAAUAA